AUGGAUAACUCUACCACGGACACUACCACUCCUUCUACUAUUACUACUACUACUAGUACAACUACUACUAAUAUAACUACUCUUACGGAUGUGAAUUUGGUGAAAUUGAGCUUAAAAUUGAACGUAACUACCAAAGUAACCGACCCUCCAUUGAAUUUUUGGAGUUACGAUGUCCACUGUAAAUUUCAACCGGACGCAUAUCCUUGUUCAAAGCCCGACCAAUAUGGUGAGAGGUGGUACUUCGAUAUUAAGAUGGAAGAUUGCAAGCCUUUUAAAUACUUCCGAUGCAAAUCCAACAACAACAAUAAUUUUAGAACUUACGCUGAAUGCAGAGAAUUUUGCCGAGGCAAGUAUUAUAUAGACGCUGGCCCGCAUCCAAUAGAAAAUGUAUUGCCUGUAAAUGCAGCAUGCCACAUGCAAGCAGAUUUUGGAGAUUGUCAAGAUUAUAUUGAAAUGUUCUACUUCGAUAUAUCGGUUAGGAGAUGCUUGGGUUUUGCGUUUAGCGGCUGCGGAGGCAACCAGAACCGAUUCUACAGCGACAAAACAUGUGCAACUGUGUGCAGUACAGCCGAUUAA